AGAUCAUGCAUGAUGUGAUAAAGAAGGUGAAGAAGAAGGGGGAGUGGAAGGUGUUGGUGGUCGAUCAGCUCAGCAUGAGGAUGCUGUCCUCCUGCUGCAAGAUGACGGACAUCAUGACGGAGGGGAUAACGAUUGUGGAAGAUAUCAACAAGCGCAGAGAACCUCUCCCCAGUCUGGAGGCUGUGUAUCUCAUCACCCCUUCUGAGAAGUCUGUCCACUCUCUCAUCAGUGACUUUAAAGACCCACCGACUGCUAAGUACCGGGCUGCCCAUGUCUUCUUCACUGACUCGUGUCCGGAUGCCCUGUUUAACGAGCUGGUCAAAUCUCGAGCCGCCAAGGUCAUCAAGACUCUGACUGAAAUCAACAUCGCAUUUCUCCCCUAUGAGUCCCAGGUGUAUUCUCUGGACUCCGCUGAUUCUUUCCAAAGCUUCUACAGCCCCCACAAGGCUCAGAUGAAGAACCCCAUUCUGGAGCGCUUGGCAGAGCAGAUCGCAACCUUGUGUGCCACCCUGAAGGAGUACCCCGCCGUGCGGUAUCGGGGGGAAUACAAAGACAACGCCUUGCUGGCUCAGCUGAUCCAGGACAAGCUUGACGCCUACAAAGCCGACGAUCCGACCAUGGGGGAGGGCCCAGACAAGGCGCGCUCCCAGCUCCUGAUCCUGGACCGCGGCUUCGACCCCAGCUCCCCGGUACUCCACGAACUGACCUUCCAGGCGAUGAGUUAUGACUUGCUGCCUAUCGAAAACGACGUGUACAAGUAUGAGACCAGCGGCAUCGGAGAGGCGCGUGUGAAGGAGGUGCUGCUGGAUGAGGAUGACGACCUUUGGAUAGCCCUGCGCCACAAGCACAUCGCUGAAGUGUCCCAGGAGGUCACCCGUUCUCUGAAAGAUUUCUCUUCCAGCAAGAGAAUGAAUACCGGAGAAAAGACCACCAUGCGGGACCUGUCCCAGAUGCUGAAGAAGAUGCCCCAGUACCAGAAAGAGCUCAGCAAGUAUUCCACCCACCUCCACCUUGCUGAGGACUGUAUGAAGCAUUACCAAGGCACCGUAGAUAAACUCUGCCGGGUGGAGCAGGACCUGGCAAUGGGCACAGAUGCUGAAGGGGAGAAGAUCAAAGACCCUAUGCGAGCCAUCGUCCCCAUCCUACUGGAUGCCAGUGUCACCACUUAUGACAAGAUCCGCAUCAUCCUGCUCUACAUCUUUCUGAAGAAUGGCAUCACUGAGGAAAACCUGAACAAAUUGAUCCAGCAUGCCCAGAUCCCGCCUGAGGACAGCGAGAUCAUCACCAACAUGGCCCACCUGGGCGUGCCCAUCGUCACCGACUCGACGCUGCGCCGCAGGAGCAAGCCCGAGCGGAAGGAGCGCAUUAGUGAGCAGACCUACCAGCUCUCCCGGUGGACACCCGUCAUUAAGGACAUCAUGGAGGACACGAUUGAGGACAAGCUUGACACCAAGCACUAUCCUUAUAUCUCUACCCGCUCCUCGGCCUCGUUCAGCACCACGGCUGUCAGUGCUCGCUAUGGUCACUGGCAUAAGAACAAGGCCCCGGGGGAGUACCGCAGUGGCCCCCGCCUCAUUAUCUUCAUCCUCGGGGGCGUGAGCCUGAACGAGAUGCGGUGUGCUUACGAGGUGACCCAAGCCAACGGGAAGUGGGAGGUGCUGAUCGGAUCCACGCACAUUCUCACUCCACAGAAACUGCUGGACACGCUGAAGAAACUGAACAAAACAGAUGAAGAAAUAAGCAGUUAAAAAAAAUACUAAGCUGCCCCUCUGUGCAAUGCAGCCUCCUCCCAUCGCGCUCCACGGCCCCCUCGCACCCCUAACGUUACUGCUUCCCCCUCCCUCGCAGCUCUGCACGCCCGCACCGCCUUCUGGUGUUUGAGGAUGCCCUCUUCUUGUUUGAAACGAAAGGAAAUAAUGCGUUGUGUUUCUUAAAAAGAGUAUCUUCUGUAUGUAUCUCAGACAGAGAAAUUUGUGUGCAAGUGAGGCGCUGCCGGAGUGGUUUGGGAACUCCGUUUGGAAUGAGUGGAUGCCUCCUCCUUAUCACGCGUGACUCUGGCCCCUGGUCCAUCGCCCUCUCCGACAGGCGUAACUGCUGGAGUGGAGUGGUAGACCUCCGGGUGUUGUGAAAACCUUCUCUGGGGUUGUUCCUGUCGCUGCUGGGAAUAGAGGUGUCUGUGUUCUGGGAGUAUUUCAAAUGAGCGUUCACCUGUUAUCUUCCUCCUGUCCCUGCCCCUCGGCGCCUGCUGUCACUCAGAUAAGCUCAGUGAUGUCUUGGGAGGUUAGAGGUGGAAGAGAGCUUUGACCUUUCACAGGGACUCGUGUUAUGGGUGGUGUGGCCGAGCACGGGUGCUGGGUGUCAGGUCACGCACUCUCCCUGGCCCGUGGCCCUGCAGCAAGUCACCCUCGGAUCCACUGGAGUCAUGGUGCCCGAACAAGUGAAGCGGAACCUCCCAGCGUCAGUGAGUGGACUCCCGGCCGCGGCCUUACCUUAACAGGGCACCUUUUCAGAGUGGGGCAGCUGGCUACAGCUCCAGGGGCAGGGGACGACUGCAAUAGAGUGGGCUCGGGAGGCCCCUGGGCAGAGGGCCCUUGCCUGUAGAAAGGAGUUCUCGCCCUGAGACCCCAAACCACCAGAAGGGUCCCUUGGAUGUAUUCAGUCACUCCCUACCCAGCAAGCAGCUCCUGUCAGAUUAUCCUCCGUUUAAGAAACUUUCUGUCACUUUAUUUUGUGUCGUGUGGAGGUCCUAUGUCCCUGGGCUUAUCAGAGAAAAGGAUCACUGUAUGCUCUGUGUAAAAAUUUAGCUCUGUAACACAUAGCUCUCAAGCAAAAUCUUAGAGACGCAAACGCAGGGUGCCCGCCUGGCUAACCUCCAGACGUAGCAGCUCUCCGGUAGUGAGCACACUAGUUCUGCUGCUGCUGCUGCGGUCGUGAACUAUACCGACAGUGGACGUCACAAACAAAUGUCCCCACCCGUCCCUCUCUGCCCUUGAACUCCGCAGACCGUGUGCAGAUUACUGUCUCGUGACGUUGUUGCAAAUGUGGUGUAUGCUAGCUCAAUCCCGACUUCCCCCUGAAGACACCCUGCCCCCUUAGAUGCAGUGUGGUGUUCUCCCCACCACCACCACCACCACCACCACCACCUCCUUUUUGGCACUCACAUUAGUUUUCAGGUGUCUUCUCCCCCGUAAGAUACCUUAUUUCCCCAGAACAGAACUGUAGGUUCCUGCACUGAUUCCGUUUCUGACCUGUCACCUGCCUGUUUUGUUCCCUCCCAGUGCCCAAACGAUGCUCAUGCGUCAGGCCCUUGUUGGGUAGACAUGUUGGUUUUCCUUUCUCUGUUAUUUAUAUAAAAAUAAUUUAACAAAAGGAUAUUUAAGAAAAAGCUAGUUGUCUUGACACUUGUUUACCUUGAAACUCCGAAUCUCAGUGUUGGGCAGUAUUGAAGCACAAACGUGGAUCAUCUCUGUAUAAAGCACUGGAGUCUAAUAAACCUAACCCUCCGCCCUC